AGGUUGCGGAGGUUUGCGCUGCACCGGCAGCAGCUGCGCCGCCGACAUUCUGCUCGCGGUCGGUGUUGAGCAUGCUAACUCCCGAUAGAGUCGCACAAGAACACCGGCCCAGGUGUCACCAGUCCUGUGUAAAGUUAUUGUGACAUCGUUUCACUGUCUAAUUCAUGAUGGCAGAUAGAAAGCAGCCCAUCAAGACAGCUUCCUGUAAACGUGGCUCAGAUAAGACGAGACAUUUUCCGCACUUGAAACCCCUCUCCGAUUAUUCACGCAUGGUCUUAUCGGAAGCCGCCAAUACCUGUUCGGUCAAUCCGUCCUGUAAUCCUGACAGUCCUGCCUGGAACUUGCAAGUUGAGUUAAGGAACAGCAGGGCAUGUGUUGGACGUAAGAGGCGAUUGGAUGAUUCAUGCCUUGAUCAGACGUACGACAAUAUUCCAGUGAAAAAACCCUGCCUUGCUGAACACCCUUCUCCAGAUUCAGCCUGUGUCGUAGAUUCACUCGAUACUUUCCGACAAGUGAGGCUCGUCUCCACGCAGUCCUCCGUCGUACUAGAUGAGAUUAAAAGGGUCGAAAAAACUUUGUCUGAUCAGAAAUCAUUAGGCCUGGGCUGGAUUGAUGGUCAGAGCAGCGUGUCAUUUAGUGAUGUUCGCUCAAUCAGCCCGGUGAUUGCACACAAUGAAGACGGCGUGGAUGUUUUUCCGUUUGAUUGCGAUGUGGAUGAGAUCAUGUGCCUGAACCCAACUGACUGUGCUGAUGUUAGUGCUGAUGGCCUGGAGGAUUUCAUUCAGAGCUGUCAGACUUCUUAUGAGGAGCAGCUUCCGGUCAAGGAGGGCUGUAGCUCAAGGCAAAAACAAGGCUCGCUUGGCAAAGAUGCACAAACUCGAAGCAAUGAGGGUUAUGUUACAAAAUCAUGUUACACAGCUGACCCGGCGGAGUCAAAGGUCACAGCGGAAAGCGCCGUCAUCAAAGGUGACGAUGUGCGUUUUAUAAAAUCGUAUAAAAUUACUGUCCCAAAUUUGCCAAAUGACAAAACACCACCGAUGAACAUCCCAAUCACGUCCACCCCAUUGGCCAAAUUUCGGAAGCGAUCUCCAAUACGAAGCCCGAAACUAGACUUGGAGAAAGAAGGCUGGUCUUCACCUUCAGUAAUUUGCCAGCCUGUCAAAACCUCCUCUGCCAGUUCCCGAAGUGUGCGUGUGAAUUUGGACGCCAGUAAUACAGAAACGCGUCCCACGAUCCCCUUCCUGAACGUUAACGAGAAUAAAGAGGUUAACCUGGUGCAUGAAGGCACGUCGAUCCACAAGUCGUCAGUGUGCCGCGAUCAGGGGAAGCACGCUGCUAACCAGGCGAUGGAGGACGAGGACCUGCUGUCUGUCAGUCAGCAGCAGCCAGACUCCCGGAUUCAAGUGACGUUUGAGGAGGAAACAGACGCCUCAGACAGCUUCGAGAGUACAUUGUCUCUUCAGGUCCAGGUGAAGUCAAAGGUGGUUUUGCCCAACACACAGCAAUCAGAAGCAGCCAAAACAACAGCACAUCAUCGGCCAGAGAAGAACGUGGCAUCUGAGGGCCGAAGAAACGUCUUCAAAGAUGUGCCAAGACCAGUGAUAUUGUUCAGAGAGAAGGACUGGGAGAAGGAGAAGAAGGUGUAUGUGGACUCAGUAACGAGACACAUGACGGAUAACAGGGAAGAUGGUGUAAUGACUGAGCUUUUGCACCUCAUGAAUGCCGUAGCCAAUCAGGGAAGUGGAAGUGAGGGCAGAAAGUGGCAGCACCCGUCUGAUCUCACCCGCAGAAACUACCGUUUGCGUAACAGCAGCCGUUUGCGUAACAGCAGCCGUUUGCUCUCGCUGGAUGAAUGGCAGAACCUGAACGAUCGUAACCAUCUCCACUUCGCUCGAGUGCCACAGAUCUUCAAGCGAAGCCCAGUGCUUUAACCCUUUUCAGGAACGCACAUGGAGCGUCCUCCCCACCCCAAAAGCUCUGGUUUUCCCUCUGUAUUAAUGAUGCUGAAUUCAAACCUCUUUUGUUAUAUUCAGCAUCCCAGUGGCUCCCCGGUGUGGUCACUUGCACUUUUUUUCUUUGACACUUCUUUGUUUGUGUGUUUGAAAAGUUAGUUGCUGUGGAUUUAUUAUUAUUAUUUUUUUUGUAUGGUGUAUGCAUGCAUGUGUAUGUUAGAUUUUAGACCUUUGGGGUUUGACACUGGUUGUAACAGAGACGGAAACAUGACAAAUUCGCUGCGUUCUCAUCCUAAGGAAUGGAGUGGAAAUGCUGCGUUCUCAUCCUGAGAAAUGCUUCUGCAAGCAUUUGGGUUGUAAUUUCCUUUUAACUCUGUCCAAAAUUCAGUUUUAUCUGAGGUGAUUAUUUUAUCCCUCUCUCCUAAAUUAAGUCCCUCUAACACAAUGACUUGUUGGAUAUGUCCCCAGUUUUAUGUUUGUGGGUGUUCAGGUUCCUAAAUGCCUGUGUGUUCAUUUUGCAGGUUUGUCGCUGUGUGUUGUCAGUGUUUUUAGACACUUUUUUUGUAGCAUUUGUUUGAUUUCAAAGGAAAAUUAAAUUAUAGAAAAUCCUUGUA